ACUAGAGUAGAGUCUAGAUUCUAGAUCUAGAUUCUAGAUCUAGCUGCGAUUGUUGUGUUGUGUAGUGAUAGCAGAGACAAAGCAACCUUGGAUUGUUGAUAGUUGAUCUUCUAGUUAGUCUAAGAUCUAAGAAUCUAGGAUCUAGAUUUAGAUGUAGAUCUAGUGAUCUAGUAUUGGUUAAUGUCCUGUCCUGUUGUAACAAAUAGCCCAAACCUGGCUUUACUUAGAAAAUGGGCUAAGACUAGGCCAAGACUCUAAAAGUAGACAAAAGCAGGCUAAGAAAUACACUGACAGGAGAGUGUUGUUUUUAAAAAGAAAUAUGGAGGAACCAAAAGCUGUGAACUUUGACUCUGAUGUAGAUCUAGUAUCUCAAGUCAAACCUGAGAUAGAAUCAGAAUUUGAUUUGCCAGUGGGUAAAUCCAUUGACGACACCAUUGACGAAUGUGGUAAACAAAGUAUGAACUUGAAGGAACCAGAAGAGGUGGCAACUGUUCAACAAGUCAAACCUGAGAUAGACUCAGACUCAGAAUCUGAUUUGCCAAUGGAAAAAUUCAUUGACAAUGACAAUGCCAUUUACGGGUGCAGUAAGUCUAAACAAAGUAUGGUGGAAGAACCAGUGGUACCUGUUGUUGUUGAAGUUAAACCUGAGUUAGACUCUGAGUCAGAAACUGAUUUGCCGAUGGAUAGAUCCAUUAGCAACACCAUGGUGGAGUGCUCAGAAUCUGAUCUUAGUCUGAUGGAUAAAUCGGAUAAUUAUGCCCUUGUACCCCACUCAGAAUCUGUUCUGCUGGUUGAUAAAUCUGAUAACAUUACAACAGACUCAAAAUCCCAUCUGCUGGUGGAUAAAUCUAUUGACAGUGAACUUCAAUCAUGUAUAAGGAGAAAUGAUGAAAACUUUCAUCAAACACUGAUAAUGGAAGUAGAAGCAGAGGCCAACAGCAUUGAUGGGAAUGAACAAGUGGCUAAGAUUCAAAGUGAGGAUUCAAGAUUUGGGGAAACCAUGCAAAAUACUGUUACAUCAAAAACUAUUAGGUCAAUGGACAGUCAAAAAUUUGAAAGAAAUGCUUGUGGAUCUUUGCUCGAGAACAUAGCGGAAACUAAUUCUGGAAGUGAUAUUGAUGCCUCGUGUAAGAGUACGGAAGCUUACAGUGAGCUUGUUAUUUACCGCAGAGUGGAACAAGAUCAGUUGUACUCCUUCGAGAUCUGCAGAAGAUUUUAUUCAGAGCCAAUCUGGGCAGAGCGACCCAGCAUAAGUUCAUGUUGCAAACCAUCGAAAAAGCGCAAGCGGAAGCGCCCAUCAUAUCCUCUUGAGCUGGCGGUGUGCUGCUCAAAGAAAGCUCUCCGACGAGUGCGGCCUUCCAAUUUUGACGAAGUUUGGCCCAAUACUGACAUGAUUGUCUCUGAUGAAGAUGGACGGAAGUCUUCAGAAUGUUCAAACAAGGGUCCUUUAAAUGGUGCUGAAAAAGAUAUCUCUUCAGGUCGCCGCUGUCUCUGGGCCUCCUGGAGAUCCACCACCUUGGAACAUCCCGUGCGAGGGAAAUCUGGGCACAGUUCAAGUUUCUCUCUCGACAAAAUGCAGAAGACUCAUCAAAGAGGAGUGGACAGCGUCCAGCAGAGAACAACUGUUUCGGAUACCCACGCUACGGAGAAAGACGCUGAUCGCCAUCUUGCCAGACCAAGUAAUGACCAAGGGUCUAUGCCAUCAGUAACUCCAGAUCACAACUACACUCUGAGCUCAAGAGGGUGUGACUCCAUUAUUAAUCGAAAGGUUUCGGAUGUCAAUCCAGAUAUAGAUAGUAUAAGUACGCAAGGUUUGCAUCAAAAUCAGGGGAUAAAGGAAGAGCCAUGUGAGUAUGAAGAUAAUAACGAGUGUAUUGUAUAUAACGAUAUUGCAGACGUUGAUGAUGAUGUAGGAAGAAACUCCUACAGCCGUGACGAUAAUAAGAAGUCUGAGUGUGAUAACCAUGUAUCAGACGCUGGGGGGAAGGAGUGUAGUUAUCUACGUAGACUUCUCACAGCGAAACCCUUGGACAGUUGUGAGGAAAUGCACUCACUAGAAAAAGACAGAACAAGUUUUAGGAAGAGUGGAAUACCGCAGACAGACGAAGCGCGAUGUGGAAGUGGCGCGGAAAAAAAGCAGCGACAAACACAACACGCCACUAGCUCUGUCGUUAGCGGCUACAAACCUCUCGGAGAUUCUGUACACAAAACUUACAAAUGCGAGGCCUGUCGUAAGAGUUUUGCAAGUCUUGGUAAUCUUAUAUGGCAUAAUAAAUCGAAACAUCCGGAUGAAAAUCCGUACCCGUGCGACGUUUGUGGCGCAAAGUUUUCCAAGAUGGAAGCGCUGCGGGUUCACAGAAAGACGCAUAAGGGAGAAAAAUUGUACAGAUGUGAGCACUGUGGUAUGAGGUUUACGAAAAGAGUUGUCCUGCUCAGGCACAGAAGUAGUGGGCCCUGUGGAGAAAAGCCUUACAAGUGUGAUGUGUGCACUGCCCAGUAUGCAGACGAAGGUACUCUGCGAUUGCACAAAAAAAUUCACCCCGCAGAAAAACCUUACAAGUGUGAUGUUUGCGGUGAUGGGUAUGCAGACAAAGGUGCUCUCCGAUGGCACAAAAGAAUUCACAACGUAGAAAAACUCUACAAGUGUGAUGUUUGCGGGGACGAGUAUGCAGACAAGGACCGUCUCCAACGGCAUAAAAAUAUUCACGCCAUAGAAAAACCUUACAAGUGUGAUGUGUGCAGUGCCGAGUAUGCAGACAAAGGUACUCUUCGAUGGCACCAAAAAAUACACACAGUAAGGAAACCGUACAAGUGUAAUGUGUGCAGUGCUGAAUAUGCUGAUGAAGGUACUCUCCGAUGGCACAAGAGAGUUCACUCCGUCGGGAAAAGUUACGAGUGUGACGUUUGUCAUGUCAAGUACACCAACAAAGCCACUCUCCAGUGGCACAAAAGAAUUCACGCAAGAGAAAAACUUUACAAAUGCGACGUUUGCAAUGCCGAGUAUACAAGCAAGUCAGCUUUCCAAUGGCAUGAAAGAGCUCACAAGGAAGAAAAGAAAUUCCAACGCAAUUUUCCUACUGUUUCGGGAGGUCUGCAAAAUCAAAAAGAAACCCGUCCGGACCAGAAGUCUUACACGUGCGAUAUGUGUAGUGCGACGUUCCCACAAAGGGCCGCUCUAGAGGAGCACAGGAGAGAACAUAGUAGUAGUAGAGGAAAGCCGUUUUCCUGCGCCGUGUGUGGAGUCAGUUUUACGCUGUGCGGCGACCUACUGGAUCACAUACACACGCACUUUCCGGGAAAGCCGUUCAAGUGCGACGUUUGCGGCGAUUGUUUCGCCCAGAUUGGCGACCUCUUGAAUCACAAAAAAAUGGCGCACGUAGGACAGAGACCGUAUGUGUGUAAAGUUUGCAACAUUCAGUUCUCACACAGAGGCCUUUUUCUCAGGCACAAAAAUCAGCAUAAAGGAAGCCAGCCUCCUGCACUGCUACGAAGUUUGUUAUUGGCCGGAUCAAAAAGCAGCAGUAGUACAUCGAUUUGAGUUGUUGGUGGUCUGUCUAGUGGUUAGGCUGUUAGUUGGGCUCACAACCAAAAGGUUGUUGGUUCAAACCCUACCAGGGGUCCGAGGUUGAGGCCUUAGAAUAGGCUCUUUACGCACAUUUUCUUCAUUUCAUUCUUAUGAGAAUGGGUAACCCAGCUUGUCAGUUUGAUAGUGUUUGAGUGUUUAAUCGGCUGCUUGCACUGUAUGCUUCCAGGAAAACAGAGAAAGCUUUUGAGUGUUCUCUAGGGUUUGAUGGGAUAAUACUGUAGAUUGCAAAGCGUAUAGAGUUUGCUUUUAGGCGGGGAUAUAUUAUAUAUAUAUAUAUGAGAGGGUGAGAUGCAAAACCCGCUAAGCGACAUUUUUGGAAAAAAUCAAGAUUUUUUUCCUAUAAAUGCACAUAGUUACGGGUUAUCAGAUGCACUAAUAAAUAAAAGGAGAAGAUGGAGAUGGA